AUGAGUGCAAGCAAUAUCGCAAAGACACUUGGUGCGUGCAGAAGAACCGUGAUCCGGGCCAUUAACCGUUACGAGGAGUUGGGGGAUGAAGGAGACCGUCCAAGAAGUGGAAGGCCGCGAACCGCGAACACUCCUGAAAACCGGAGGAAGCUAAAAAUAAGAAUUCAGCGAAAACCAAGGCAGUCUAUGCGGAAAUUGGCCCGCAUCACCGGUUUGAAGCGAGAAUCGGCCAGAAUUCUGUGCAAGAAGCCUGAAGAUGACGUGAGCUGUCGCCGUGGAUGUCGGUUUUACGCACUCGCUCAGGUGGUAUACGCGCAUUCCAAAGAGGAAGGAAAGAGCCCGCUCGAACUCUGCUUCCAAGGAUGCGGAGAGGCAUACAAUCGUUCCAGCUCCCUCUUGGAAGCAUGCAAGAGUGGUUGCAAGCUGGAAGAGCCCCUUACCAAAGAAAGGAAUCAAAAGAUCAAGAACCACGUGGAGAAUCACAUGAUGAAAGAGGUACCAUUUGACCUGGUGGCAUCCAUUCACCACCCAAUGCAAAUUAUGAGCGAGAUGAUGAGGGACAUGCUGACCUCCAUAAUGGGCGAUAGUGCCCUGAAGAAAGCAUUGGCUUCCAUCCCUCAGGGAGGUCAGGAGCCUCAUGUGGUCAUUGUUGAGAGUGGUUUUCUCCUAUCCCCCGCGGACCCUAGGGAAGGAGACGAUGAGGAUGAUGUGUUUGGAGACCUUCCAUUUGGAGAUGUGUUACCGGGGACGAACGUCCGACUCUCGGAAAGAAAUCCAAGCCACAAUCAUAGAAUGAGGAAUCACAUGAAGAAUGGACAUGGGACAUCUGGCGACUGGCUUCAGUGUUUCUCAGAGAAAGUUGGAAUCCCACGUUGGCUUCUCCUGGUCUCUGUCUUCUUCUGUUCCCUGGUCUUUGUCUGGCUGUGCUUCACAUCCACUGCACCAGCACCCCAGGAGCACGUCUGCUCACCCUGCCCUUCUCUUCCUCCCAAAUUGGCAAUAUGGGAGAAUGAUCAUGUGAAGGUGGGCCUCUUUCCACCUUUUCCCUCCAAGGAUAUUCUGAUGGACAAGAAGCCCCUGCUGGACAUGCCAACAGAGAAGGUCUAAAACCCACAUUCUUCCAUUGAGCCCUUUUAACUUUCAUCCCUCACCAAUUUUACCAUAGCCAAGAUACCUAUGUGGGGUAGACCCAAGAAAUUGUCCCCCCCCCAUCCCUAUCCUCGCUCAAUUGGAUUCCCUACUCUGUUCUGUUUUAUUUGUUUGUUUUUUCCCCCACUUGUUCUGGUCAUGUGUCACAAUCAGAGAUGCACAUGUUUCGUGGUGGAUGGGACUGAGAUUCUCACUUCAAUUCAUGUUGACUUGAGUGAUUGUUAAUGUUCAUCUUUCAUAUUUGUAGCAGUUCAUGUCCUUUCACAUUCUCCCUGGCAUUAAGGUAGACCUGGUAAUUUGUGUAGUGCAAGACUUGUGUGAUGAAACGAGAGGAUCGAAGUGAUGUUAUAUCUAGUCGCACUGGUUUGUGUUUUGAAUACGAGGCACUCGGUUUUCACAUUCCUAUGGGUCUAGAAUGCUGCUGACCUGAGAGAAUAAAAGUGAUUUCAAAAUCAAA